AUGGGUGCCAGCGCAAAGAAGAAGAAGGAGAAGCAGAAGGACUUCCAGAAAACGAAAUUGAAGGUCGGAAAGACAAAGGCCAAACCGGAGAAUUUUACAGAUACGAGUUUCAAGUCGAAAUCAAUAACCCUAACCCAACAAUCCCUCACGCUCACCGCGCCCACCCAAUCAACACAAUUCACACACUCCCUCUCCCUCCUAACCAGCAAAUCCGACACCCAACGCCGCGACUCCCUCUCCCACCUCGCGACGGCCAUCUCCUCGCGCCCCGUCUCGUCACCCCUCCCCGUCCCGGUCCCGUCUCUCCUCCCCUCCCUCCUCCCCCUCAUCCUCGACGCAAACGCUUCCGUGCGCUCCGCACUGCUCAAACUCCUCCGCACCCUCCCAGGCAAUGACAUCCGCGACCACGUCUCCGCGCUCCUACCUUACAUCCGCGCCGGCAUGACCCAUCUCGCAGCCGACGUGCGUCUCUCGACCCUCGACGUGCUAGAGUGGUUGGUCGACGUGGCUGGGGAAGAAGUCGUCAGUGCGCCUGGUGGCUGGGUGAAGUUGCUGAAGUGCUUCCUGGCGCUGUUGGGUUGGCAGACGCCCGAUCCGGAGGGCAGGGAGAGGAGUAAAUGGACGAGUUUGAACUCGAGAGGGAGUUUGGGGGUCGAGGCGAGGGGGUUGCCGGGGUAUCCAGGUUCUGGUUCUGGUUCUGGAGGUAGCUCUGGUGGUAGCGGUAGCACGGGGGCAAAGAAGCCAGGUUCCGGAUCCGGCUCGACAGGACGUGUCGAUCUCGGGAAAGCCUCGAAGCAAGGCAAAGGGCUCAUUCGAGGGUUGACGGUUCUCGGUGUGUUUUUGGAAGCGGGACUGGCGCCGCACUUGCGAUCUGUUCCUGGGACGGAGGGUGGUCAUGCAGACGACGAGGGGAACGCGGGUGCUGGUACUGGUUAUGACUUCCCGGUCCUCUCGACAGUCCAUCUCGUGCCUGGCUCCGCGCAGCCAUACGCGUAUUUGAAUCUAUUCGGGGCGCCCCGGGACACGGACGGCGAGAUGUAUGAGACGCAGGAGGAUCGGCAUCGUGUGUUCGUGGAGGGCGGGUUCUUGGGUUCUGUGACGGGGGGAGUCGAGGGGGCGAGACAGGAGGGAGGAGAGGUAGGGAGGGUGUCGAGUUUGAUUCGGAGGGUGUUGGCUUCUUUGUAG